GCCGUGUUGCCGCCGCCUUUGCCGCGUCCGGUGCGGCGGCCAACGCCGCGGCCAGGCCAGGAGCGCCUUUCCCCCGCCGCCGGCCGCCCGGCCGCCCCGCCCCGGCCUGGCGCCGCAGCCCCCGCUCGCCGCCGCCGCCGCUGCGCGCGCCUCGGGGCUGCUGCUGCUGGCGGAGCUGCUGGGCCGCCGGUGGUGCUGCCGCUGCGCGCCGCCCCGCCCGGUCGCGGCUCCCGCCCGCCGGCGCCGCCUGCUCGUCCUCGUCGCCGCGCCGCCGCCCGCCCCCGCCAUGCCCGGCCCGGCCGCGGGGAGCAGGGCCCGCGUGUACGCCGAGGUGAACGGCCUGCGGAGCCGCGAGUACUGGGACUACGAGGCGCACGUCCCGACCUGGGGUAAUCAAGACGAUUAUCAACUAGUUCGGAAACUCGGCCGGGGCAAAUAUAGUGAAGUCUUUGAAGCUAUAAACAUCACCAACAACGAGCGAGUGGUUGUGAAAAUUCUUAAGCCAGUGAAGAAAAAGAAGAUAAAACGUGAGGUUAAGAUUCUGGAAAAUCUGCGUGGUGGAACCAACAUCAUUAAACUGAUUGAUACUGUCAAAGAUCCCGUGUCAAAAACGCCAGCCCUGGUGUUUGAAUACAUCAAUAAUACAGACUUCAAGCAACUUUACCAAAUUCUAACAGAUUUUGAUAUUCGGUUUUAUAUGUAUGAGUUGCUCAAGGCCUUGGAUUACUGUCACAGCAUGGGGAUCAUGCAUAGAGAUGUCAAGCCUCAUAAUGUCAUGAUAGACCAUCAACAAAAAAAGUUGCGGCUGAUAGACUGGGGCCUGGCCGAGUUCUACCAUCCCGCUCAGGAGUACAACGUCCGGGUAGCCUCGAGGUACUUCAAAGGGCCGGAGCUGCUUGUGGACUACCAAAUGUACGACUAUAGCUUAGACAUGUGGAGCCUCGGCUGUAUGCUGGCAAGCAUGAUCUUCCGGAAAGAACCUUUUUUUCACGGUCAGGACAACUAUGACCAGUUGGUUCGCAUCGCAAAGGUUCUGGGUACAGAUGAAUUAUAUGGUUAUCUGAAGAAGUACCAUAUAGAACUGGACCCCCACUUCAAUGAUAUCUUGGGACAGCACUCGCGGAAGCGCUGGGAGAAUUUCAUCCAUAGUGAAAACAGACACCUGGUCAGCCCCGAAGUCUUGGACCUGCUGGACAAGCUCCUGCGAUACGACCAUCAGCAGAGGUUGACGGCCAAAGAAGCCAUGGAACACCCCUAUUUCUACCCAGUUGUGAAGGAGCAAUCCCAGCCUGGCUCAGACAGCCCUGUGCUCUCCAGUAGCCUCACAGCAGCACGAUGAAGUUUGGGGGACAACGGGCAAUGCCAGCGGUUUACGAUACAGACACGCCCUUCCGUCACCUCGGAAAGGGAUGAACCCAGCCCCUCUCUGCUCAGCAGAAGCCUCAUCUGGAAGGGGGUUAAGGCUUAGCUGCCCUCCCUCUUCAGCACUUGUGGCUAUCCCAACUUUCUUUGUGUGUUACCAAAGUCCUGAUCCCAAUGGCUGUGUACGAUUUACAUGGAUCCAAGGGUGUCCAAAGGUCUGCAUGACUGACUCCAGGUUGAUUCUGCAGUUUCCCACCCUGCCUUUCCUAUCUCCCAUUGGGUAACCUUUGAUUUCUCCCCUCUUGUUGCACUGGAAUAUAGCCUGUCUGCAUAGACACAGGCCCCUGCAGGUUAUUAGCAAAUGCAGACUUGUGCAUGAGGAGGCCACCCCUCCUGUGACUUGGGGCCCUUCACUCCCCCCACCCCCCUUAAGCAAGAAGUCUUGGUAAUGAAUUGAGUCAGUCAAGUUAAUCUGCUUCAAGACCCAUUCAAAACAGGCAGCCAUUGAGGCAAACCCAGUUACUUUUUUCCCUUGUAGGGAACUGCCAGCCUGAGCUUGAAGAAAAGUUGUUCUUUGAGAUGGAACAAGAGCUUUUUUCUAGUGAGGCAUGUUCUUAUUGCUAAAAAAAAGCCAAUGGGGCCAUUCCCAUCCAUGUCCAAAUUUAGAAUUGCUUUGAUUACAGCAGGUUUGAAUAUGUGAAGAAGCAAAGAGGAAGGGUUUCUGCAAAGAAAACAGUGAGGAAUUCUGGAAGCAGAAACAGUGGGUCGCUCAGAAUUGGUCUGCAACAAACCUGUCCUGUAGCAUUUGUACAUGCCCAGCCCUGUAUUGGAGCCCUUGGUAGAAUCCUCUCCUUGGGGGAUGGGUGUGUGAGAUGCUCCUUUCGGUUUCUUCCCCCCCCCUCCCCCAUUGGGUCUCUUUUGAGCCCUUUAGUUCAACCCCACCUUUGGGGAGAUUAUAUUGUGUGAUUCUGGUGACUUCGUAAACCUAAAUUCACACAUUUUUGUCACCAUGCCUAAAUGCAGAUUUUUUUUUCUUUAUUACAUUGUCAGAUAUUUAAUUUUAAAUGAUGCAGUUAGACUGUUUCUAUUUGAAGCAUCUGUUUACAUUCCAUAUCCCAGUAAUGAUAUGUUGGCAUUGACAUCAGGUCAGAUCCAUUUGUACGAUUCACUGGAACCAAUAAAUCUCUAUGUACAAA